AUGAUCCGGAGUCUAGUGAUACCAGUGAUAUUGCUAUUGCCAUUGGCUUCCGGCUACAACUACUGCAACAACAAGACCCAUAGGUGCGUCCUGGAGGGCAAGGAGCACUUCAUGUGCCGACUGGACAAGUUUCGUCCUCUGCUUGGUAGCACCAUUUACCACGCCAUCGUUCCGGACGUUCCGUAUCUACAAGAUCAAAUACUGAGAAUACUGAACCAAUUCCGCAACUCGUUCGCAGGCGGGGAGCUAGCCACGCACAACAACAAGACAUUCGCGAGUGCCAAGCGGAUGCGCAAGUUGAUCUGGGACAAGGAGCUGGCCUACAUGGCCCGCACCCAUGCGUCCACCGUGUCCCUCCAGCACUCCGAGUGCCGCUCCACCCAGCGAUUCGCCCACGUGGGCGAGGUCCUGUUCGUGGCAGUCCCAAAUGCCAGGGCUAAGAUCAAUUACAUAUUAGAAACGACAUUUCGAUCGUUGUUUCAAAAGUAUUUGAAGGUCGAGGAUCCGGAGGGCCUGCUCGUAGGCUUUGACCCCAUCAGGGACUUCAAUCUGGCCGAUUUAACAAUUAUCAUCAGCGAUCGAGUCUCACGCGUGGGAUGUGGCCUUGCCUCGGGUUCCAACUGCAACCCAUUUUUACCCUCCAAUUUCUGCCUCUUUCUGACCUGCCACUUCGACUUUGUGAACUUGAAUGGAUCGUAUGUCUAUAAGGCUGGAGAACCAGCCAGUGGCUGUGAUGACUGGUACACUACGGGCAGCAAUAAGUAUGUGAAUCUGUGCAGAAAUAAUGGCGACAUUUAUCCCCCGGAUCAAGGCGACAACUCACCUUAAGGGUUUAACCUCUAUUUAAAAUAUUUAAAAUUACAACGCUUGUAUGAGUAUCAGAAGACCAUAUGCUUUUAAGUCAUUACUAACCCGAAUGUCUAGUAUUCCAGUCACAUUACCUUUUCCAUCCAACACACUUUAAAUUCCGAGUAAAGAUGAU